AUGGGGGCUUGGAGGAGUAGUGGGACGCAAAAUGGAGAGGUGCAAAGAAAAGUGGAAACCAAGAAAGCAGCGUAUCUGAAGCUAGUGGAAAGUGUAGACGAGCAGGAGAAGAGGGCGAAUAGGGAGCAUUAUAUGUUGGCUAAGAAAGAAGCAAAUCUAGCAGUUACGGUGGCCAAGACAACAGCUUUUAGUGAUUUGUAUGAGGAACUCGAGGCCCGAGGUGGGGAUAAGAGAUUGUUCAGGCUAGCCAAGACCUACUUCCAUAGUCUCUUGAACAAGGAGGGGAAUGUGAGCAUUGUACUGGGUGAUUUGGAACUCUCAGGGAGUGGUUGUGACUUUGGGUAUUGUAGGCGGAUUAGAGUUGAUGAAGUUGAGGAGGCUAUAUGUAAGAUGAGUAGGGGCAAAGCAACCAGCCGGAUGAAAUUCCGGUGA